AUGUCGACACGUCCAACGCGACGCGCCGCAUCGCGCCGCACCGCCAUCAUCGAGUCGGACGAUGAGAUUGCCGACACAAGUGUUCACAGUAGUGCCCAAAACGAUGAUGAGGAAGCAUUUACGCCAGCGCCUCCGCGCAGCCCCAGACGUGCAACUACCAGUCGGCGGAAGACCAUUGCCACUGAGGAGUCUGCUUCAGCACCCAAGAAGCCUGGCCGGCCAAGAAAGGCUCGCGCAUCAGCAAGUGCCAGCACUGAACAGAGUGAGCUUAUCGACCCCGAUCGGACGGUGGCGUCAAUGGCGUCUUCCGACGCCCCCGAUCUAGCACCAAAGAAGACCGUGACGCGGAAGCGGAAGAGCGUGGCUUCCUCGUCCAAGUCGGUGGCGGUCAAGUCUGAGACGUCUGGACUGCCUGAGCUGUCGGAGCUGUCGGAGGCGCCGGUGUCUGUCCCACGUCGUCGAAAGACUGCCUCUGUCGAGCCUGCAGACGCUACGACCAUGGAUGCAUCCACAAUGGACACGACUGCAGCCAGCGACGUGACUACCACCUCGGCACCCUUGGUUGACAUCACGGCAACAGUCGCCAACGGUCAGCAGCGGCCGGCGACGGCAACCACAGACGAGGCCGUGGCUGCUAUGAAGCCGAUCCGUGCUAUGGAUGCGCUUCUUGAGAAGCCCAUGGACAUUGUUCUCAAGUCGCGCACCAUGACUAAUAUACCAUCGGACGAGCCUGCUGCGCCCAAGCCGCGCAUUGUCAUUGCGUACCUCAUCCUGACUAACUUCAAGAGCUAUGCCGGUCGGCAGGAGGUCGGCCCAUUUCAUGCGUCCUUCUCGUCAGUUGUUGGUCCGAACGGAUCGGGAAAGUCCAACGUCAUCGACUCGCUUCUGUUUGUGUUCGGCUUCCGCGCAAGCAAAAUGCGCCAGGGUAAGCUGUCUGCCCUGAUUCACAACUCGGCGCAAUACCCGAAUCUCGACUACUGCGAGGUUGCUGUUCACUUCCGCGAAGUGAUGGAUCUUCCUGGUGGUGGCUCCGAGGCUAUUCCCAGUUCGGACUUGGUUAUCUCCCGCAAGGCCUUCCGCAACAACUCGAGCACGUACUACAUCGACGGCAAGUCGUCGAACUUUACCACGGUCACGACAUUGCUCCGGGACCGCGGUGUCGACCUGGACCACAAGCGGUUCCUGAUUCUGCAAGGCGAAGUGGAAUCCAUCGCACAGAUGAAGCCCAAGGCGGGCAACGAGCAUGAGGAUGGGCUCCUGGAAUAUCUCGAGGACAUUAUCGGCACAUCCAAGUAUAAGACGCCAAUUGAAGAGGCAGCCAACGAGGUCGAAACACUCAACGACAUUUGCAUGGAGAAGAGCGGGCGGGUGCAGCACGUCGAGAAAGAGAAGCAUAGCCUCGAAGACAAGAAGGACAAGGCGAUUGCCUAUGUCCGGGACGAGAACGAACUGGCGAUGAAGCAGUCGGCUCUCUACCAAAUCUAUAUUGGCGAGUGCACAGACAAUGUGGCUGUUACGAAAGAAGCGAUCUCGCAGAUGCAGGCGGAACUGGACGCCGAGCUCGAAAAACAUCACGGCAGCGAGCAGGAGAUCAAGCAGUUGGAAAAGGCAUACAGCAAGGGCAGCAGACAGUGCGAUGCCCAAGAGAAGGAAACACAACAGCUGCUUAAGGACAUGGCUAAAUUCGACCAGGAACGUGUAAAGUACGAAGAGAAGCGCAAGUUCCUGGGCGACAAGCGCAAGAAGCUUGAGAAGGCCAUUGCGACUGCGGAGAACUCUGCGGCUACGGCAGCCGAGACGGUCGAGCAGUGUACGGAGGAGAUUGGGACGCGUGCCGAAGAGAUGGCACAGCUGGAAAAGCAAAUCAAGGAGGAGGAGGCGGAGCUGACGAGCAUCCGUGACAGCCUGAAGGGCAAGACGCAGGCAUUUUCGGACCAGAUUGCAGCGAAGCAGAAGUCGCUGGAGCCGUGGAAAGACAAGAUCAACCAAAAGCAGUCGGCGAUUGCGGUGGCGGAGAGCGAGCUGGCGAUCUUGCAGGAGAAGGCGACGGCCGGGGCGACGGCGCUGGAGGAAAUGCAGGCGAAGAUCGGCAGCAUCGAAAAGGGACGGGCGGCAAAAGCGGCGGAGCUGCAGGACUGCCAGUUGGAAAAGGGGCGUCUGGAGAAGGAGGCAAAGAAGGUGGAGGCAGAACUGGCAAGUCUGGCGCAGCAGGAGCCCAAGAUGCGAGCACAGCUGUCGAAUGCGCGGCAGAAGGCGGACGAGGCGCGUUCGAGCCUGUCGCAGACGCAGACGCAGGGCAACGUGCUGACGGCGCUCAUGCGGAUGCGGGAGUCCGGCCGGAUCGACGGCUUCCACGGGCGGCUGGGCAACCUGGGGACGAUCGACCAGCAAUACGACGUGGCGAUCUCGACGGCGUGCCCGGCGCUGGACAACUUUGUGACGGACACGGUGGAGGCGGGCCAGCAGUGCAUCGAGUAUCUGCGCAAGACGAAUCUGGGCCGGGGCAACUUCAUCUGCCUGGACAAGCUGCGGGUGCGGGACAUGGCGGCGAUGCAGACACCGGAGAAGGCGCCGCGGCUGUUCGACCUGAUCCGAGCGAAAGACGAGCGAUUCCGGCCGGCGUUCUACCACGCGCUGCAGGACACGCUGGUGGCCAAGGACCUGGCGCAGGCCAACCGGAUAGCGUACGGGGCCAAGCGGUGGCGGGUGGUGACGCUGGACGGCGAGUUGAUCGACAAGUCGGGCACGAUGUCCGGCGGCGGGACGACGACGAAGAAGGGUCUGAUGUCUUCGAAGCUGGUGGCGGACACGUCGAAGGAGCAGGUGGCGCGGCUGGAGGUGGACCGGGACGGACUAGAGCAGCGGUUCGCGGAGUUCCAGGAGCGGCAACGGGAGCUGGAGGGCCGGCUGCGAUUUCUGGGGGAGCAAAUUCCGCAGAUGGAGACGACGAUGCAGAAGCUCAGCCUGGAGCUGGACAGCGCGGCACGGAACCUGGCGGACGCGCAGCGGCGAAUGAAGGAGCUCGGGCGGGAGCAGCAGCCAUCGUCGGCGGGACAUGACAGCAAGCGGGCGCUGGCGCUGGAGAAGGAGGUCGGGCGGCUGGGGGCGGAGUCAGAGCAGCUGCACGGCGAGAUGGCGAGUGUGGAGGCGGAGAUUCAGCGGCUGCAGGACAAGAUCAUGGAGGUGGGCGGCGAGAAGUUGAGGGCACAGCGGACGAUGAUCGAGGCACUCAAGGAAGAGCUGGCGAGCCACAACGAGGAGACGUCGAACGCGGAGGUACGACGGGCGAAGGCGGAGAAGCAGAUGGCAAAGCUGGAGAAAGACCGGGCAAAGGCAGGCAGAGAGCUGGAGGCAGCGCAGCAAGAGCUGGAACAACUGGAAGCGGAGAUCCAAAAUCAGGGCGACAAGGCGGAGUCGCUACAGACGGCGGCGGAGGCGGCGAGGGAGAGCCUGGUGGUGAAGAAGCAGGUGUUGGCCGAGGUGAAGGCGGAGCUGGACGAGAAGAUGGCAGAGCUGAACACGACGCGCGGAAUGGAGAUCGACAUGCGCAACAAGCUGGAGGAGAACCAGAAGGUGCUGGUGGAGAACGAGAAGCAGCUGCGGUACUGGGAGAACAAGCUGUCGAAGCUGCGACUGCAGGACAUCCACGACCUGGAGCGAGCCAAGGUGAAGGUGGAGGGAGGAGAGGGAGGGGAUGAGGGAGCGGGGGAGGUGGCGAGCGAGCCAGCUGACAAGGACCAGCCGAUCAAGAGCGAAGGGACAGGUGACAGUGCGGGAACACCACCACUGGAACUCACACGGUACAGCCCAGACGAGCUGGCAGGCAUGCAGAAGCAGGUGCUGCAGGGGGAGAUUGCGGCGCUGGAGGAGAAGACGCAGAACGCGAGCGUGGACCUGGGCGUGUUGGCCGAAUACCGACGGCGGGUGGAGGAGCACGCGGCGCGGUCGUCGGACCUGGCGUCGGCGGUAGGCCAGCGAGAUACGGCGAAACGACGAUGCGACGACCUCCGACGACUCCGGCUCGAGGGCUUCAUGGAAGGCUUCGGGGUGAUCUCACUGCGACUCAAGGAAAUGUACCAGAUGAUCACGAUGGGCGGCAACGCGGAGCUGGAACUGGUCGACUCGCUGGACCCGUUCUCGGAGGGCAUCCUGUUCAGCGUGAUGCCACCGAAGAAGUCGUGGAAGAAUAUCAGCAACCUGUCGGGUGGCGAGAAGACGCUGAGCAGCCUGGCGCUGGUGUUUGCGCUGCACCACUACAAGCCGACGCCGCUGUACGUGAUGGACGAGAUCGAUGCGGCCCUAGACUUUCGAAAUGUCUCCAUCGUGGCCAACUACAUCAAGGAGCGGACCAAGAACGCCCAGUUCAUUGUCAUCUCGCUGCGCAACAACAUGUUUGAGCUGGCUGCCCGGCUGGUCGGCGUCUACAAGGUCAACCACAUGACGAAGAGCGUGACGAUUGAGAACCGCGACUACAUCACCCGGCUGCCGGUACGGCCAGGCCCGGUCGGCGUCCAGACGCCUGCACGGCCAGCAGUCCCGCAGAUCAGCCAACUGGCGACGCCGCCGUGA